CAUGGUCUUAUUUUGGUUCAUCUCUACAGCGAUCAACCUUCCAAAUAUUUCAGCAAUUGUAGUCAUAUCCGAUAUUGGAACUAUAUUAAUGAUUAUAAACCAGAAUGCAUUCUCAAUGAACCCUUGAGAACAGAUAUUGUUUCACCUCCAGUUUGUGGAAAUGAACUUUUGGAGAUGGGAGAAGAAUGUGACUGUGGCUCUCCUGCAAUUUGUCGAUAUCCGUGCUGUGAUGCUGCAACGUGUAAACUACACUCAUGGGUAGAGUGUGAAUCUGGAGAGUGUUGUGAGCAAUGCAGAUUUAGGACAGCAGGAACAGAAUGCCGGGCAAGAAGGAGUGAGUGUGACAUUGCUGAAAGCUGCACUGGCCAUUCUGACGACUGUCCCACAGAUCGCUUCCAUAGGAAUGGACAACCAUGCCUACACAACUUCGGUUACUGCUACAAUGGCAAUUGCCCCAUCAUGUAUCACCAAUGUUAUGCUCUCUGGGGGGCAAAUGCAACUGUGUCUCAAGAUUCAUGUUUUGAGGAUAACCGUAUUGGCAAUUAUUAUGGCUAUUGCAGAAAGGAAAAUGGUAGAAAGAUUCCAUGUGCACCACAAGAUGUAAAAUGUGGCAGGUUAUACUGUUCAGAUAAUUCAUUUGGAUACAAGAUUCCUUGCCGUUUCUUCUAUACAUCCACAGAUGAAAAUAUUGGGAUGGUUGAUACUGGAACAAAAUGUGCAGAUGGAAAGGUUUGCAGCAACAGGCAGUGUGUUGAUGUGAAUAUAGCCUACUAAUCAACCUCUGGCUUCUCUCAGAUUUGAUUUUGGAGAUCCUUCUUCCAAAAGGUUUCACUUCCCUCAAGUCCAAAAACCCAUCUGCCUGCAUCCUACUAGUAAAUCACUCUUAGCUUUCAUAUGGAAUCUAAAUUAUGCAAUAUUUCUUUUCCAUAUUUAAUCUGUUUAUCUCUUGCUGUAAUCAAACCUUUUUCCCGCCACAAAGCUCCAUGGGCAUGUACAACACCAAGAGCUUAUUUGCUGUCAAGAAAAAAAAUGGCCAUUUUACCGUUUCCCAAUUCCAGAGCACAUUUAAUGCAACAAGUUCUGCCUUUUGAGCUGGUGUAUUCGAAGUCAAUGCUUCCUCUCCCAAAA